AUGGGUUCCAUCGGGCCUGCUGCCGUCGAGCUGGACACCACGCUCCGGGACCUGUACGCCAUCGACAACCCGGACGUGGACGACCUGGUCCUGGUCUACGCCAUCCCGAGCCCGGCGAUGGCCAUGACCGAGAAUCUUCCGCUGUCGACGACCUUCCCCGUGCAGGGCCCGCGGAUCAAAGUCCUCAGUCGCGACAGCCUGGCCCGGACGUGCCUGCUGACGGGCCCCGAGUCGUACGCCUUCGCGACGGGGAACAUGCCCCUCGUGCUCUUCAACAUCGAUCCCACCGAAUACGACCAUCUGGACGCCAAAGACCAGCCCACGCCCAACCCGGGCUGGCAGGCCCAGGGCCAGCGCGUGUUUGACGCCCUGCGCCCCGACCAGCGGCCCCGACUCAGCUUCGUCUCGAAGCCCAGCGAGAUCGAAGUCACUCCGCGCACGAAGCUCGUUGUCCUGCAUCCCAUGGACUGCCUCGCUCACCUGCCGCACGCCAUCGACCCCAAGCUGCACUACGAGCUGCAGUCGAAGCCGGGGCUGGCGCUGUCCGGCCUGCCCACGCCGCCGACGGAGCUGAUCG